UCUGGGUUGACGUUUACGCCCGAGAGAGAUGAAACUCCUGGGUUAUUCAGCGCUCUGCGCACUCCUCCUGUUGGCGGGCGCUGAAGAACAAAAGAAGAACGCCGCCAAAUCAGUGGCAGAACCGAAGUCCGCAGGCGCGAGACCCCAACGAGGCCUCGACCUUGGAUACGGAGGUGGAGGUCAUGACUUCGGAGGCGGAGGUCAUGAUUUUGGCGGCGGCGGCGGACAUGACCUUGGAGGUGGUGGAGGACACGAUUUCGGAGGCGGUGAUUACGGGGGCGGUGAUUAUGGCGGCGGUGACCAUGGAGGUGGUGACUAUGGGGGUGGUGACUAUGGUGGCAGCGCGGGAGGUGGUGGAUACGAUCACAGUGGUGGAGGUGGCGGCUAUGGAUAUGGAGGCCACGAAGAGAAGACAGUAACCGUUGUGAAAAAUGUGCCAGUACCUUACCCAGUCACCAAAGAGGUGCCAUACCCUGUAGAAAAGAAGGUUCCGUAUCCCGUGAAAGUCCAUGUCCCUCACCCAUAUCCAGUCGAGAAGAAGGUACCAUAUCCAGUAAAGGUCUCAGUCAAAGUUCCAGUAGCAGUCCACAAACCCUACCCAGUAGAAAAAACCGUACCAUACCCAGUCAACGUGAACGUAGACAAACCCUACCCAGUAAAAGUGCUCGUACCACAACCUUACCCAGUCGAAAAAACCGUACACGUCCCAUACAAAGUCCAUGUACCACAACCGUACCCCGUAGAAAAAGAAAUCCCUUACCCGGUCAAGAUACCAGUGCACAUCCCGAAACCUUACCCCGUGGAGAAAAUCGUACCUUAUCCAGUCAAGGUCCAUGUCGACAGGCCCUACCCAGUACACGUACCCAAACCCUACCCAGUACACGUGGAAAAGAAGAUUCCCUAUCCAGUUUUCAAACCAGUGCCUUAUCCAGUGAAGGUAGGAGUUGACAGACCAGUGCCCUACCCUGUGGAGAAACCUCUGCCUUAUCCAGUGAAGGUUCCAGUACCAGCUCCCUAUCCAGUGGAGAAGAAUAUUCCUUAUCCAGUGGAGAAGCCUGUGCCUUACGCUGUUAAGAUCCCGGUGUUCAAUCCAGUGCCUUAUACUGUUGUGAAGAAGGUUCCGCAUAUUGUGGAGAAGCCUGUGCCUGUUCCAGUUAAGGUACCAGUAGCUGUUCCAGUGAAGGAGGAACACCACGACGAAGGUGGUUACGGCGGUGGUUACGGUGGUUAUGGUGGUUCGGCGGGAGGGCAUGACUUUGGAGGUGAUAAUGGGGGUGGCCAUGAUUUUGGAGGCAGCCAGGAUAUAGGGGGUGGUCAUGGGUAUCAUUAG